UCGUGCUCGCAAUAGGUGUCCGCACAGCGAAGCCGCGUGAGCCGUGAGAUCCCGGGAGUCGUCCCCUGUAGCGUGUGCGAUCAAGAGUGAUCUGUGAUCUGUGAUCUGUGACUGUUUCGAAGCAUCAUUGACAUCCUAUCGCAGUAUACACACGUACACAUACACACUUUACACGUUUUGACGCGCCGCGUGUGGGCGCGUGCAGUGUUACGCGCGUUCUCGUUUCGUUCGACUGUUGUGAUCACGCUUCGGUAGUGAGCUCGGUUCCGUCACUGUGCAAGUGCUAUGUGCGGUUAAGGAAGUGUUGUGGUUAUCCUGUAGUGCAGUGUUUGUCGCUAGCCGCGUCGGGAGUUUCGUAGUGUGUCAAAACUGAAGCAUCAAAAUACGUAAGAUUUUCUUGUAACGAUGUAAAUGUGAAAAACAAGUGAAACAUAAACGUGCACACAUUUGAAACAGUUCCAGUGGUUCAAGAAUCAGUGAGCAUUAAUUGCAUUCGCAAGUGAAGACGAAAUGAAUCAGUGUUUGUUAUUGGUGUUCAUCCGGUGAGCCAAAGUAUAAUACCGUACGGCUAGAAAACAGAGUAAGCUUGAACUGUUGUGGCAAAAGGGGCUUUGCAACAUUCACUAGUGUUUCGGUUAGUGGUAACUUGAACAAACAAAUCCUGCCACAAAAUGAUGAUGAACGCUUUCAUGGACAGUGGCUCGUCGGCGGCCCACCACUCGCAUCUGGCCACGUUCGGCAUCAAGAUGUCGCCGGACCAUCUGGAGCAGAGCAGUGAAAUCGAAUCGUCGGCAAGUUCGGCCGCUAGUGCAAGUCUGGCGGCCGCUGCAGCCGCCGCCGCCGCCAGUAUGCUUCCCCCGGGUGCAUCCGGCACGGGUGCGUCCGGUGCGAGCGUUGGCGGCUCCUCGGCCACCUCCAAUGCAAACGCGUCCGAUGCAAUGUUUUACCAUCACCAUCCGCAUCAUCACCACCACCACCAGGGCAGUCCGUCGAAUGGGGCCGGUGGUGGUGGCGGGAGCGGAGGCAGUGGAUCAGCCUACAACUCGCACCAUCUCUCGCCUCCCUCGCACAUGUCGUCGCACGCGAUGGCCCCGUACCAUUCGCGGGACUUCCUGUCGCUCAAGCGUGACAACGAUUACUUCAGCACGGCCGCGGUGGCGUCGAGUGCGGCCGCGGCCGCCUCCAGUGCGGCCGAUCCGACGUCCCUGUUUGCGCACGAAAGCCCGCUGAACCAUCAUUCGGCAGCGGCGGCUGCAGCCAUCGGGCACCAUCCGUUCCAUGCCGGGGCGCACUCGAUGCGCGCGAUGGCGGCGGCCGGGUUGGCCACGGCCAGCGAUUACACCCAUCCGUACGCUCACCAUGCCCACCAUGCGCAUCACCAGAGCAACUACGCCUCGGCCAUGCACCAUCACCAUCAGCACCAUCCGCUCGCCAACCUGCCCGUCAACCCGGGGACGUCCGGGGCGUUCUUCCGGUACAUGCGCCACCCGCCGGCGAUCAAGCAGGAGAUGCAGUGUCUGUGGGUGGAACCGGAGCUGCCACCGCACCAUCACCACCACCACCACCAUCUCGGGCUGGGUCUGUCGGCGCUGGCCGCCAGCAUUGGUGGGGCCGGGUCGGACGGCGGUAGCCGCAAGACGUGCAACAAAAUCUUCAGCUCGAUGCAGGAGAUCGUCACGCACCUGACGGUGGACCACGUCGGUGGGCCGGAGUGUACGACGCACGCCUGCUUCUGGCUCGGCUGCACGCGCAACGGCCGGCCGUUCAAGGCGAAGUACAAGCUGGUCAAUCAUAUCCGCGUGCACACGGGCGAGAAGCCGUUCCCGUGCCCGUUUCCGGCCUGCGGGAAGGUGUUUGCCCGUUCGGAGAACCUGAAAAUCCACAAACGAACGCAUACCGGUGAAAAGCCGUUCAAGUGCGAGCACGAGGGAUGCGAUAGGCGAUUCGCUAAUUCAUCCGAUCGAAAGAAACAUUCACACGUCCAUACAUCUGAUAAGCCGUAUAACUGUCGUGUUAAUGGUUGUGAUAAAUCGUACACUCAUCCAUCAUCGCUGAGGAAACACAUGAAGGUCCACGGAAGCUUGGGAGAGAAGUCCCCAUCACACAACUACGACAGUGACGGCGAGGAGUCCAGCUCGGAGAGCGUCAUCUCGGGUGGAACGCAAACGCCACCAUCGAUCGGCCGGCUGCACGAUACGCACGGUCACAGUACGCACGGCUCGAGCAAGCUGAGCGCGACCGCCGAUUCGCUCCACAGCAACAACAACAACAACAACAGUAGCAGUAACAACAACAACAACACCAGCGGAACUGGAAGCAAUGCCGGCAAUAGUAGCACCUCCAAGUCAUCCAGCCUUCUCUCACCGCCGCACAGUGGAAGUGGAGGUGGUGGUGGUGGCGGCGGCGGUGGCAACAGUGGAACGUCAUCUUCGACAUCGUCGUCGCAUCUUAGCCAAAACCAGCACCACAGUCUGCACUCGUCCUCGUCGCACCUUUCGCACCAGCACCAUCUGGCCUCGUUGCAGAACCACGCGACCAGCCUGGCCCCGCCACCGCCCCAGCUACCGCUGACGCCGGCGUCCUCCGUGUCACCGCAGGCAACUACACCGUCCUCGAUGCUGGUCGGGCACCAUCACAACCACCACCUGCUGUACCACCACCCGCAGCACCACCCGAACGAGUGGUACUCGCCGACGCCCCCCGCUGGACCGGACACGAUGAAUCAUCUGAACCACUUCAGCCACCAUCACCACCACCAUCUGGUCCAUCACGGACCGACGACGGCCUAUUGAGACUAGCUGCUGCUGGAGGAGCUGUGCUUUAAUUACUAAGCAUCCGGGUGCGAUCCCGCCUUUAGGACCCGCCAGGGGAUGGGAGUGCCAAUCGGAGAGUUAGCAGUAGCGCAAAAUGUCUCACGUCUCAUCAGCUCCUCGUGGCAGUGCGAUCGUUUCGCUGGCAUCGGUGGACACUCCACCAAGUAAACAAUAUACCAAAAACGAAGAUAACAACAUAAGAAGUGCAUCAAGAGGAGUCGCGACAAAUGCAUGAAAAUAUCCACCUUUCCCAAGUAACGAAACCAGCUGGCGGCAGAUCAAGUGCGUGCGUACCAACCCAAACCGAUGCAAAUUGAUACCAUUUUGUGCCUGUUAUCAAAUAAUUCCUCCUCAAACAAUGGUUGCCGCCACCACUGCGGAUGAUCGGGUGUCAGCUUUGGUUCGCCGAUCGGUUUGCACCCGGUUUUGUUUGUUUAUCUUCCUCUUCCUGAAUGCUUUUGCUAGACGAGCGAACAGCAAAAAGCCACUUCGUCGUAGCUUAGGUGCACAUGUUACACACUCCAAAGUAAGAAAUGCAACAUUGUUUCGUAGGCGAAAGUGAGAGAAAGAGAGGUGCUGCAUAAGGAAAGCAUGGGUAAUGGUGUUUUCUCAAUCAGUGUUUGUUUCACAAAAACAGAGGGCCACUGCUUUUAUUAGCUGCUCGCAGUGCAAAAAGGCGAUACACGUUAUAUGUGUGUGAUAUAUUAAUGUUCGGUUAGAACCUGUACAUAAGGGACUAUGUGUGUGUGUGUGCGAGAGAGAGAGAGAGAGAAAAGGGUGUAGUGUGAUUAGCGCGAGAAAGCUUGGCGGGUGGUAUUGUUUUGGUAGAUCCAGACACAAACCAGACCACACUGCUGCCUACAAGAUGGCUGACGGUGGGGAUGCAGAAUAGGGAAGUGACUUUAAGCCAACUACUACGCGAAUUUUCGUUCAAACACACAGCCAGACACUCACACACACACACUCGCGGCUACGACACGGCACGAAGAGUUUAUCGAUGUUUUAAACAAAGAUGCAAAGAUAGGUAUAGUUCAGUGGGAGGGAAUGGCAGUGUGUCCAUUUGGUCGCAAAGUGGCGCGUGUGUGUUUGUUGUACUUACCGCGAUAUGUAUGUAUGUGUACAGUUGUUUAAGGCAGGGUAGUGCUUAAGGGUAUUUAAAAGAUGCUUAGUGAAAUUGUAUUACAAAGCAAGCAUAUAGUAAAGGUAACGCACAACCUAGAGACUAAUAAGGGAAGGUGACAAUGUUUACAGUAAGGACCAAAAAAGGCGCCGAAGACGAACGAUACUGUUGUGAUGAACGGGUGGCGUGUUCCGUUGACAUGUUGACCGAAGCGAAGGAGUGUUGUGCACGUUGUAGUCGGGGAAUGACGAUCGCAACACGUUCAACCAACGCUCUUCAGCCUACGAAAGUAACAUGAUGGUGGAGAGCGUUUGUAUAAUUUAAGGCAAAAGAAAAGUCCAAACACACAAAUACGACGCAGCCGAGGGAGGAGAUUAGAGUAUAUUCAGAGAAUUAAAGCAAAACUAUUAUAAUUACAAAAAUGGCGAAAUGGAGGACGAAUGCGAGACGUGCGAAAAUGGGCAGAAAAAUUUAUCGAAAAUAAAAUAUGUGAAAA